AGAGUCAGUCGAGACACCUUUGACAGGCUGGUUGCAAAACUAGUAGAUAAUCCAAUUUUUACUUCAACUGGAACCAAACCACAGCAACAUGUGAAGUAUCAGCUUGGGUGUUUUCUUUUUCAUUAUGGGAUGCGUGGAUCUGACACUCUCCGAGUGGCAAAAGAGUUGGCAAUUGGACAUGGUUUUGUUUUCAAGUAUUGUUGUUGGGUUAGCAGAGCAUUCAGGGAACUAAAGGUCAAGUUCUUGGUGUUUCUGAAUGCCCCACAGAAGGAGAUCAUUUCAGACUACAUCAAGGAGACCUCAGGCUUUCCUGCUUGUAUUGGGAGUGCUGAUGGUUCUUUGAUUCGGUUUUCUGAUAUUCCA